AUGGAUCCAACUCAGAAAUCCCCAGAGCGAGCAUUUGCUCUGCAGAAAUAUCUCCUCCUCCACUCGCAACAUGAUGCCCUUCAGAAGCAUCUAAGCCAGAUCUCAACAUCCCUCCCCGAAGCACCCUCCUCAUCGCCUGAACCCUCUCCAGAUCGAUAUCGACAGGGAUCAAUCUCAUCCUCAGCUGGAUCAGACUCAAGCUAUCUAUCAUCUUCUCCUCCCGAAUGUGCCAGACACCAUCAUCGAAGCGGCAGCAUACAAUUCCCUCAGCCCCAGAGACCCGUAUUGAAGACUAGAAGAUCGUCUCUGCCGACAGUCGUUACCGAGAGUCUCUUGGGUGAGAUCGAGGAAGAUGAGAUCAAGUUGAAGGAUGUAAACCAGCAAAUCAAGAGCACCUUGACAGCCCUGCUCAACUGUGAAAGUGUCAGGGGUGAUAGGAGAUAUAGAAAUUGGAUUCAGACUCGACUUAUGGAUACGGAGCAGGAACUGAAAAAGAGCCGUUGCCAGAGUCGCAACAGGAGGAGUGGUGAUGACUCCAACGGAAUGACACUCUAA